AUGCUUGUGCGACCAAUCUUUUGUUUACUGGUUUUUCUAGUAAUUGUUGCUUCUGUAUGCGUGUCUGCUAACUCGAGUCCUCCUUCUAGAGGUGCUUCUUCUGUUGCUGGCGACACAGAACCUGUUGUUCGUGAUCCUCUCUCAGGUACUCUUCGUAUUGUAGAGGUAAACCAUGGAGACAGUAAUACUCUCACUCCUCCUCAAGCACAGAAGAUUGAAGGAGAACCUGAACAAGCGGCUGUUCUUUCACAAGAACAGGAUUUAAGGCAAACAAGUCAAGAACAUCAACGGCAGGAGGAAAUCACUGAAGGUACAAUGAAGACAGAUAAAGCGAAACCUGAUGCUCCUGAGAAGUUAACGCCCACCGGUGAUGCUCAGCCCAGACUGACACAGGUCACAGAUCCAAAAUCAGAAGUACCACAAGGAGAAAUUAACCGUGCUUUGCCACAAGAACAGGAACCCAACGAGUCGCAGAACACUCAGGAAAGAGACAUUCCAUCUGAUUCCAACGGCGUAUCCAACACAAAUACAGUCUCCAAGGAAACUGAAGAUUCAAAGGCCUCUUCUACCACACCUUCACCACAGACAAGCGAAGAUACAACUGCAUCUGAUGGCACUCCUGUUAACUCAAGCCAAGACGAUAUUAAGAAUAUUGAGGCCAACAGUACUGAGUCUCGAGACACAACAACGAAUACAUCAGAGAACAUAAACACUGACACUCCCAAUACAACCAGCAAUAAUGAGGAAUCAACUUCAACCACUACCACCACAACAACAACACUUCCUCCUGAACUCACAAACAACAAGAAGGGUGAUGCAGACAGCAGCAGCAGUAUCAGCAGUUCUGUGUGGAUGCGCACUGCAGCACCACUACUAAUUGUGGCUGUGUUGUUCUCCGCUACCAUGUACUGA